AUGGGGAGUAAAAAAAAGGAAUCAAAUAAUAAUCAUGGAGAAGGUCAAUUUUCUUCGAGUAACCGUGAAAAAUCAACGGAAAUGACUAAAUUAUUAGGAUAUUAUAAAAAUUCUAAAAAUGAACCUAAUGAAAAUUCUGAAACUUUUCCAUUUGUUUGUAGCAAAGGUGAAAACUGCGGUCAGACUUCUCAGGAAGACAAUUCAAGAAGAAUUCCCGUGACGUCAGAUAAAAAAUCUGGAAAUCGCGGUGAUGGAGAAGGCGGGAGUACGGGAAUUAUCGAUGAUUCCUUAAGACGUCAUUCCAGCGACAUGGAAAUGGAUGAUGGUGAAGAUGAUUUGGAUAAUUAUCACGUUACCUCUCAGGAAUCGGUUAACGCAGUCGGAGAAUAUAAACAAAAUUAUUUACAUAAAAAUUUUACCAAAGGAACCAAUGGAGGAGACUCAUUUAAAAAAGAUUUAGAUGGAACAGAAUUGAAAAAUUCGAAUGAGGAAAAGUGUACGAUGAAUGACAAAGAUGUUUAUUUGAGUGAAAAUGACAAUUUUAAUUUUGACGGGCAUAAGAGUAAAGAUGACAGAAUGAGGCAAAGAGAAAAUGAUAGGAAAAGAGAUGAUUAUAGAAGAAAAGAGGAUAGGGAUGGUGGUAGGAGGAGAGAUGACGAAAGAUACCGGGAUAAUGAUCGUGACAGGCGGCGGGAUGGUGAAAAAUAUAGAGAUGAUAAAGAAAGAGAUCGAUUUCCGACUCGUGACCACGGAAGGAAAAGAUCCCACAGUCCAGAUAGGAAAGAUAGAGAUCGUGACUACGCUCGUGAUCGAGAGAGAGAAAGAGACAGAGAGAGGGAACGUGAAAAAGAAAGGGAUCGAAAUAGAGAUAGAGAAAGGGACAGAGAUAGGGAUAGAGACAGGGAAAGAGAAAGAGAUAGGGAUAGAGACAGAGAUAGAGAAAAAGACAAAGAUAAAGAAAAAGAGAAGGAAAAGGAAAAGGAAAAGGAAAAAGAGAAAGAAAAGGAGAAAGACAGAGACCGUCGGUCAAGUGAUAGACGUUCACCAAAGCAUUCGAGGAGAAGUUCUAGAAGUCCUGACAGAUCGUGGAAAGCUAGAAAAUUAGAGAAAAAAACUGCUGUACUAAAUAAACUUGGAAUUGAAAUAAAAACUGAUGCUGUGGGAGAUUUGACACCUAGGCAACUGCUCGGAGAACAGUUAAAAGCUCAAAUUCAAGAAGUGGAAGCGAAAACUGGGGUUACCUUGCCUACCUACUAUAAUCCGGGAGUUAUGAAUCCUUUGAAAUACGCUCAACAAAUACAAAAAAGAAAAUUACUUUGGGGAAACAAGAAUAACGAAGCUAAAAAUAUUGAAAGUGAACAUCAGGGAUCUUCAACACCGUCAACUUUAAAACAGUGGGAGUCGGCUACGUUUAAAGGAGACAAUGAUGGAAAAAUGACUGAAAAAUUCAAGAGGUUGAUGGGUAUCAAAGGAGAUAAUGUAGUAGGUAACGCUGCGCCUACGGGUUCAAAACCUCCUGAAACGAAAGAAAUUAUUCAAAAGCAAGAGGAAAUGUUUUCCAAUAUGGAAGCUCAGUAUCAGGUUGCUAGAAUGGCGACUCACACUCAUAGAGGAGUUGGAUUGGGAUUCGGAACGUUUCAGUUGUGUAGUCUUAUUAAGUUACUUUGGAAAAAUAUAAUUUGA